AAUAACUUUAAUAACUACAGGUGGUCUUUGAAUACGUGUGGGAGGACAGGAAGUGGUGAGCUUCUCACAUGUGAAAGGAGCCCCAUCAGUAGCUACACUUGGUCUCAGGUCAUGAAUGCAUCAGGUAGAAUGGAUAGACUGACAUUUAUCUACCUGCUGAUAUUUUGCUGUUUUACAUUCGUCUGCAUCCAUGGAGAAGGUCAAGACUUUUCUUCAUGUGAAGUUGCCUUGAUGGUCCGGAGAGGCACGACAUUACGAACUGUCCCACAAUCAUCUCUGACAGUCUGCUGUCCUGUCAAACACUGCGGAGAAUCACUGAGUGUCUCCUGGUGCAAACUGCUCGACACAGGCAAAUGUAAAUGGAUAAACUACACAGAGAACAGAGAAAUCAUACUGACUGAAAAACAAGUAAAGGAUGAACUGAUCUCGUAUUUGACCUUCACAAGGAUUUCCAUUCACGACGACGGCCUGUACAGAUGUUCUUUAAAAGGAUACGGACCUGAUGCACAGAUCAGUCACAAAAUCAACAUCUCAGUUUCAGAGUCAAACAAGGGGGUUAAACCAUCUGAAUGUGUUACAGAAGUUGAGCUGCCAAACGCUGCUGCUGGUGAUUACAGCAUGCCCUGGCUGCCCUACCUCGCCAUCUGUCUUACCGUAGCUCUUCUGGUUGCCACACUGACGGUGAUAACCCUCCUGAGUUUUUAUGUCUGGGAACGAAUACUGACCAAGAACACAAAGGAACAGGACACAUCAUCAACCCACAUUAUACCUGACCUCCCCAAUGGGAACGCUCCUUCCCCUUUUUUCCUGCGACCUCACCUUUCCUUUCUGAAUGACACCAACUCUCCGAGUACUAGUGAAAGACCACCCCCACAUCCUGCCCUGGUGACCAGUGGGACCCAGCCUGCUGUGACAAACACAGCAGAUGGAAGUCAAGAGUCAGACCGUGCAGUGUACGCUGUCGUCAACCACCGACAGUCUGGGGUACUUGCCAGAGAACAGCCUGCUUCGGAACAACAACAAAAAAACACAGAAUAUGCUGCCAUCAUUGUCUCCUGAACAUUUUGGACCUGUCAUAGACGCACGCAGAUAAAAACCACGGAUGGAAAGUUUGUGGUGGUGUCAUGGAACAGAGGACGAAGCAAAGCGAUGAACCGCACUGCGGAAGGGUUGAAUGGAGGAGGCUUGUGGUCAGGCAGAUGCACCGUACAGUCAUAUUAAAAUCAACCAGAAGCAGCAUCUCACCCUCUGGUUUGUUCAAGGAAAUGCUGCUUUUUAAAAGUGUAAUUCUUGCCUUUUUUAGUUGUUUUUAUCCUCCAGUCAUUUGAUUUUCGUGACUUGGAGGUCUAUUUUGACUUAUUUAAAUUUGUUUGCCAAAGCUUUCAUCAUCUUUGUGAAAAAAAAAGCCUGUGUGUGAGUACAUUAGCCAUGUGCAGACUCACUCAAUACUUUUUGUGAAUUCUUCUGUCUGAUUUGAAAGUAUAAAGACUGAAGUUUGGGAGGCGUUUUUGUCUGUAAAAAAAAAAAAAAAACUUGAACUGCUGCAAUAAAAUUAUUGUCUGAUCUG